AUGGCGCCUUCAUUGAGAGACCACCCCUCCUUCGUUCGUCCCUCAACCCGCGACCGUCCCCUCACUCGUGGCGACCAGGGAGACAGCUCGCUGGUCAUCCCCAGCCGCACUUCUUCUCUGCACUCGCGCAUCACGCAGCCCAUUCCUUCAACCCUGAACAUGAAGCCCGCCCAGAGGAUUCCCAAGACCCUCACCCACGCCUACAUGGUCUGUGGGGUGGGACGUGAGCCUUCUCAAUGGGUUAAGGCCCCUCCACCGUCCCAGGGAAAGAUCGGCCAUAUGAAGGGAGCGGUCGGCCAGUUUUGGCUCCCAGAGAUUCUGGGAAGCAGCCCGCGAUUGGAACAGGAUAAUGAGAUUGCAAGGGCAUUACAUGCGGCAAUGAGGGCCUGUUUCCCUCACGACGUUGAAAUCUGCACUGGCAAGAGCCAGCCUCAUUGCGUGCACCAUUCGUUCGUUCUUCAACAGGACUCGACUCACACUCUCUACGGCAUUGCCCUGCGUGUCUGGUCCCGCGCCGAUGAGAAGCGCGCCGAGACCAUCAGAGAACUUCGCAAGAAAACUGAACCCGACUUCUAUGACAAUCCAGAGGAGACCUACUGGAUUCCGUACUGUCUAAGCUUCCUGUCCCGAUAUCCACUCUACAACCUGCUGGGAGACUAUCUCCGUGGAAUGUGGAUUCACUGGAACAAGGCGACAAAUCUUUUCCAUGCAGAGGAGGUCUCGCGCAUUCUGAGCUUCCCCGCGCCACGUCUUAACGACUUGGUCCGUAUCGACAUGAAAGACUAUGCUCUAUGCUAUCAAUUCCCCUCUUCGCCAACUGGCUUCCAGAACUUUGCCAUGUGGCCACUGUUCAACUGUUUGUCUAUCCCGAACAUCGUUGGUGUUGUUGAAGCGGCUGUUUCUCCAACGCGCCGUAUCAUUUUUGUCAGCCACUAUCCCGCCAUUUUGACAAUUGCUGCCGAGACCAUUCGAUUCUGCGUCCGGGUGUACGAAUGGAGCGGCUUGUACAACCCAGUCGUGCAUGCUCGGCAUGUGAAGGAGCUGGUGCAAGAGCCCGGCCCUUAUAUCUUGGGUGUUACCGCUGAGUGCCGAACUCUCUUCGCAGCACCUUCUGACGCAUUGGUCGUCGAUUUGGAUCGUAACUUCGUCUUGACUUCCAGCCCACCAAAUAUUUUGACCCAAGGACAGAGAACCAAGAUGAUUAACCGCCUGACGCAGGCGCUCAAUGGUGAUGUUAGCCCUAGCGGUGUGCCUCAACAUCUCCGAACCGCCUACGGUGGAGGGAAGUUGAUCCCAGCCGGUCAGAUUAUUGUUAUGAGAGGCGAAGUGGAAAGCAUCCAGGACCCCAGCUGGUGGAACCAGGAUGCAGUGAUGGCUGUGAUGGACCAUGUUUGUGAGAAAUUGGGCCGCAACACUGGAGUGAAGGCGAUCUUUGGUGGAUCCGUGAAGAAGCCAUUGAUGACCAAGAUUUCCAUGAGACAUCUUAAUGAAAUUGUUCGAGAGCGGAAUCAGUACUCGAGAGACGCUCUUGAGGCUUGGCAGGACUUCAUUAACCUCAAAGGAAGAAUGGAUACUGAACUGUCCAAGGUCAACAAACGAAACAACUUCUUGGUUGAAGAGCUCGAGACGUGGAAGCAGCAGUUCCUCAAAUUCCAAGCAUUCGCUGAGCAACUCACCAAAGAAACCUCAGAACUCAAAGUCAAGAUUGAAAGCCAUAAGCGCGAGAAUCGUCGGCUUACUGCACUUAUUGACCAGCAGAAGGACGACGCCGCACGUCUCACCAUGCGUCUUUCGGGUACUGAGAAACAGCGCGAUGACGCCUUGGAAGCUCUUGUUCUGCAGCAAGAAAUUGCAGAAGAGUUGGAGCGAGAGAGGCAACGCAACCAGAAAGAAAUUUCUGCCCUUCAACACACCAAUACAACCCUUACCCGCCAGCGCGAUGAAGCCCAGCGCGUGGUCCUUCAUCUUCGGAGCCUUAUCAACGCUCAGAAUCACCAUAUGGAGCACAUUAUCCGGUCUAUCAGCGAUGUACCAGAAUUAUCUGAAUAUGCUGAUGAGAGCUUCGAAGAUCUUCCAGAAGACGAAGAAUGCGAUGGUGAUCGAUCCAAGACCCCUUCUGCUCGCAGAUCCAUCGCUAGACUUGGUGCAUCAAGCCGUGCCGGCAGUGUUGAUGGCGACGAUGUGAGCCCAGAGAUGGAAAGCCAACUCCUCGGCCUCGGAAAACACAAGCGGUAUUCCCAGCUUAGCAUCACCGACGUCGCAGACCGCCAUCUCCGGGCCAAGACUGAUGCUAUUGCCGACAUUAUCCGCAACAUCAGCGAACAGUGUGCCGCUGCCGUCGAAGGCCUCCACCUCGCGCAAGACGCUGAGCUCGAGGAUGAGGCCAAUAAACAAGAGAGGGAGCAACGAAACAACAAGCUCCACCCUAACGAAGACGGUAGCCAGGAGCCAUCUUCCCGUCCAGGGAGCGAACAUGGUGAUAACCUCCUUACCCCGGACGGUCGAAAUUCCAGCAUUUCCAGCAUCCCACCGACGCCUGAUCUCGUGCACAAUCGCUCCAGCACGUCCAUGUCGAUGGUGAGCAGCUCCACGAUGCCAGAGCGAUCGAGUCAGCAAUACGGACCUGGUGAUUUGCCAACUAGGAUCCUAGAGGAUGAUGAUGAGUGUGCGCACGAGGCUGAUGCCGACGACCAGCAGAGCAGUGAGACCGUUCACAAGAGUGCCAGCCACGACACGAUGAGAGCCGGCACCGUACAUGUUGUUGCGUGAAUAAAUUAUCUUCUCAGAUUAUCCUGAUAAAACCGCAAUGUGGAAACGGAUGAUGUAUACA